AGCACCGCCCGUCGCGUAGCGAUGACGUCACGCGGCGCGCGGCGGGGCAGGGAUGCACCGGCGCGGGGUGGGCGCGGGUGCCAUCGCCAAGAGGAAACUCGCGGAGGCAAAGUACAAGGAGCGAGGGACGGUCCUGGCCGAAGACCAGCUGGCCCAGAUGUCCAAGCAGCUGGACAUGUUUAAGACCAACUUAGAAGAGUUUGCCAGCAAACACAAGCAGGAGAUCCGCAAAAAUCCUGAGUUCCGAGUCCAGUUCCAGGAUAUGUGUGCCACAAUCGGAGUGGAUCCUUUGGCAUCCGGUAAAGGAUUCUGGUCAGAGAUGCUGGGAGUUGGAGACUUUUACUAUGAGCUGGGUGUGCAGAUUGUGGAAGUUUGCCUGGCUCUGAAACACAGGAAUGGAGGUCUGAUAACGCUGGAGGAACUUCACCAGCAGGUGCUGAAAGGAAGGGGGAAGUUUGCUCAGGAUGUCAGCCAGGAUGAUCUCCUCCGUGCAAUCAAGAAACUGAAGGUCUUGGGGAGUGGCUUUGGGAUUAUCCCUGUUGGUGGAACAUAUCUGAUCCAGUCUGUACCAGCCGAACUGAACAUGGAUCACACAGUCGUCCUGCAGCUGGCAGAGAAAAAUGGCUACGUGACAGUCGGUGAGAUCAAGUCCAGUCUGAAGUGGGAGACGGAACGCGCAAAGCAGGUGCUGGAACACUUGCUGAAGGAGGGAAUGGCCUGGCUGGACACGCAGGCAGCAGGAGAACCUCAGUACUGGCUGCCUGCUCUCUUUACCGAGCUGUACUCCCAGGAAGUCACUCCGGAGGAAGCCAAGGAGGCGAUACCCUGACUGCUGGGUGCUGCGCCCAUGUCCAGCCCUUCCUGCGAGGUCACUGCGUAUCACAAACACGGACAGCGGACUCCAAAUAAAAGUUUUGUAAAAAGUCUCUAGAGUCUGGAAAGUUUAACAGGACCAAUUUCCAUACUCGCUUACUUCUGCAUUUUCUCCUCUGUUGCGGGUGGAAAUGCCACUCACCAGACAACUAAUUACCUCGUCACAGCAAGAGGAAAGUUAUCUACGCUGCUACUGCGACUGCAGCCUUGGAGUGUGCAAGAGUGACUCUGGCUAAAGGAUCCCAGAGCCAGG